CGGUUCGCAGUUCUGGACUGACCGAUAUUCUUUGCCAUUGUACUCGAGAGAAAAGUCACGGGAACAACGAGAAGUAGUGGCUGCUGGAUCAGCCGAACCAGAUCAGCUAUAUCGUAAACGAGGAAUAAGCGAAAAUUGGAAAGAUGCUCCGACUCACCAAUUUGUCGAGGGUCCGUUUCUCACGAAAAUCAGAAGAGAAUGCCAUGCGGAAAGCCAAAGACGAGCGUAUUAAAAUCACGGCGGCUUUCUUCCGCAUCAGUUUCGACGAAGAAGAUAGCGAGAAGGAAGACGAGAAGGAAGCAUCGCAGAUAAAAGAAUCGAAGAAAACAUUUUCACAGGCAUCUGACGAUGGCUUGAUAAGAGCUAGAAAAAAGUCUAGCAUCCCAAGAGCCGAAAUUUCUUCAAACUUAGCCGCAUCCGACCCUGAAUUUUCGCCUUCCACAUCGCACGUGCAAAAUUGCGCUUUUAAAUGCUUGCAGUCAUCGAGCUUGAAUAAUGCGGACAAACACUCGAUCUCAGAUUAUAAUACUUCAAGAAAAGAAUAUAAUAAAGAUAGCGAAGCGAUUUCGAAAAUCGAAACGCAAAGACUGACAGUACCGAUAGCGGAUUCCGACAGAGUCGUCUCCGAACACAAGACUUUCAUUCACAAGGACUCAUCAGCAAAGUUUCAACCUUCACCGAUCGAAGAAGCGAGCACUCAUACGAAAUCAAUUACUAUAGACAAAUCGAGACAUUCUGAAUUGACAUCAAAUUGUUUGGAAAUUCCUCCAGUGACUUCAAAAAUCACUGAAUAUAAAUUUUGUCUUCCAAAAUUAUCAGAGCAGUCGACUGGUGAAAACGCUCAAUCAGAUAUCAGGAAAGUACAUAAGUCAGUGCCACGGCCUUUAGUGACAACCACCGUGCAAGAUAAUCUCGACGAGAUAUCUAGCAAGAACGGCAGUCGCAGGUCAACGUUACCGAUGACAAGCGCGGAUUUGAGCCAGUCCCCCUUUCACGAGAAGAACACUUCGACCACUCAAAAAUUUCCGGCCUUCGAGGACAUCCUGGCCGGGACUAGCGUGAACCCUAUCCGGAAAUUUAGCAUCGCGAACGCGGCGAUUUGUUCGAGUCUGGCUCCGAGUUUACUCGGGGCUAUUCCGGGCGUGCCAAACUCCCUCUUACCGAAUGGAGAUCACAGGGACGGUAAUUUGCAUCGAAGUGCUACUUUAUCGAACUUGUCAAUCGCUUCUACCGCCAUCAGCGACGAUACUUCCAUUGGUAGAACGCGUCGCGGAUUGAAGUCAUUCCUCCGUCUUCAUAUACCCAGGUCACAUCCCGACACGAUAUGGCACGAUGCCGACGAGGACUAUCAUCACCACUUGCACCAUCACUAUCAGCACGAUCAUCAUCAUCACGAUCAUCAUCAUAUGUUCCCGCAUAUUCACGUACCCACCAUCACCUUCACGGCGCCGGCCACCGAUGGCACUGGCCGCAAGUUCAACUUCGCCAUCCGAAGGCAUUCGAACGCGACAUUGCAUCGAAUUGACUCGAUGGUAUCGCUUUGUUACCGAUCACUUACGAGCUACAUCACAGAUGAUAAUCUCGCCGGACUGCAGAAUUUUCUCGAGAACAAACGAGUGCAGGUCGAUGACAGAGAUGAGAAUAGUAGUACCGCCCUCAUCUUUGCAGCAACCAAAGGGAAAAUACACUUCGUCCGAGAACUCAUCAAUCAUGGAGCGGACGUCAAUGCUGAAGACGCGGAUAAUUGGACGGCAUUGCUAUGCGCGGCGAAGGAAGGCCACACCGAGAUCUGUCUCGAGUUGUUGGAGCACGGCGCCGAUCUGGAGCAUCGAGACAUGGGUGGAUGGACGGCGCUUAUGUGGGCAACAUACAAGGGCAGGUCGGCGACGGUGACGAUGCUGCUGGCACGCGGGGCUGACGUCAACGCGCAUGGAAAUUUUCAUAUUUCCUCAUUAUUAUGGGCCGCUGGCAGGGGUUAUCCUGAUAUAGUCAAGGAUCUCAUUGCUCAUGGGGCGAAGGUCAAUGUCGGCGACAAGUAUGGCACCACGGCACUCGUGUGGGCUUCGCGCAAGGGAAACGUAGAAAUAGUUGAUAUCCUUCUCAAGGCCGGGGCCAAUGUCGACACGGCAGGCAUGUAUUCGUGGACCGCCCUGCUUGUAGCAACCCUCGGAAACCACGUGGAAGUGGCGUUGCUACUAUUGGAGCACAAGCCCAACGUGAAUGCUCUAGAUAAGGACGGUUGCACUGCCUUAGCAAUAGCCUGCCGAGAAGGUCAUCACGAAAUAGCGAGCGCCCUUCUAAAUUCCGGCGCUUAUGUUAAUAUUCAGGAUCGUGCCGGUGACACGAAUCUAAUCCAUGCCGUUAAGGGUGGCCACCGAAGCGUGGUAGAAUCGUUGCUGAAAAAAUACGCGGACGUCGACAUCGCCGGAAAGGAUAAAAAAACCGCAACUUACAUAGCAGUAGAGAAAGGCAAUGUACCGAUACUCAGAUUAUUAUUAAACGCUAACCCAGACCUGGAGAUUGCUACGAAAGACGGCGACACGCCUUUAUUGAGGGCGGUGAGGUCGCGUAACGCCGAAAUCGUGCAAUUGCUUUUAGACAAGAAAGCCAAGGUCUCGGCUACCGACAAGAAGGGCGACACUGUACUGCACGUGGCGAUGCGCGCGCGAUCGAAAGCGAUCGUCGAAAUACUACUGAGGAAUCCAAAGAAUAGCCAGUUAUUGUACCGUCCAAAUAGACAAGGCGAGACCCCCUACAACAUCGACGUCAAUCAUCCCAAGACGAUUCUUGGACAGAUAUUUGGCGCUCGGCGUUUAAAUACUAACGAGGAUAAUGAGAACAUGCUUGGUUACGACUUGUACAGCAGCGCACUGGCAGAUAUCCUCAGUGAACCGUCGCUUUCUACACCGAUUACUGUCGGCCUUUAUGCAAAAUGGGGUUCUGGAAAGUCAUUCCUACUGAACAAACUGAAGGAGGAAAUGAAAAACUUUGCGAGACAAUGGAUCGAUCCAGUAUUCCAAUUCUCUUCCCUACUCUUUCUAGUAGUAGCCCACAUAUCCUUAGUAGUGGGUUUAAUCAUAGGUCUCACAUUACAAUCGUGGAUCAUCGGUCUGUCGUGCGGGAUAAGUUUACUAUUUAUCGUUUAUAUCUUUCUGCUACUCGUUUGGUAUGCCAAUAAAAGAUACGAUUGGUACUGGCCGUAUAAUCUGACAGUGGGGCUCACCACAAAACUGAAUGCGCUGAAAUUAUUAUUACAAGUCAUCUUUUGUCAUCCACCGGGCGGUCAGUGUCACGAUAGCAUAGCGGUACAACCGAUCAAAUUUUAUUUCACCGAUCAGACUCGCGUGGGAACGACCGCCGCCGGCGAGAAUGCAGUCGUCCAAAUGGUCGGCUCGCUUUACGACUCGAUUGAGAACGACUUCGGCUUGCUGUCAACCAGGCUAUACAGAUCGUUUCGGCCGAAACCGGACAAGUCGACGACCAAAUGGAAGUGGAGGCAUCUAUGUUGUUUGCCGUAUAUAAUCAUAUUCGAAUUCUGCUUUUGCAGCCUGCUUGUCGGUCUCUCAGUGCUCACGGUGUAUUUUAUAGACAUGCCGAGCGACGAGCCCACGAUAGAUCGAGUCACUGCUCAUAUCAUCAUGAUCACGAUCGGCUUGGUUUUGGCCAUCAGUAUAAUAGCGAAUCUGUAUACGUGGAGCAGAACGCUAAAGGCAUUAGUUUUCUCGCAGAGAAGACACCUUCAGCGUAGCAUUUCGAAACUGGAAACUCUAAAAAGCGAAGGAUUUAUUCAGACUUUGAGAAGCGAAGUCAGUUUAAUGACGGAAAUGGUCAAAUGCUUGGAUAGUUUCAUGGCUCAACAAAGUAGACUAGUCAUAAUAGUGGAUGGUCUGGACAGUUGUGAACAAGAUAAAGUUUUACUAGUUUUGGACGCUAUACAAGCCUUAUUUAGCGAUAACGGGUAUCCCUUUGUCGUAAUAUUAGCGAUUGAUCCACAUAUUAUAGCUAAGGCGGUAGAAGUGAAUAGCAGAAGAUUAUUCUCGGAAUCGAAUAUUGGUGGUCACGAUUACUUGCGGAAUAUGGUGCAUCUGCCGUUUUACUUGCAAAAUAGCGGCUUACGUAAAGUCAAGGUCGCGCAACAGACUGCUCAAUACUGCAAAAAGACGGCGUGGACGGAAGCUGAGGAAAGCGUCAACUAUACCGCGACUAGUACCAUACAUCACUCGGUAUCCAAUAGAAGACUUAGCUCGGAAUCGGCGAUAAUGAAUAGUAACGAGAAGUUGAAACCUCAAACCAGAAAAGGCAGUAGAAAAUUACGAUUGAGCGAAUCGAUCGCUAGCAGUAUCGGCAGUAAUUUAAAUCGACUAGGCGGCGCGCAGGAUCUUAACAAGAUGCUGCUCACCGAUGAUUACUUCAGCGACGUGAAUCCCCGUAGUAUGAGAAGAUUAAUGAAUGUUGUUUAUGUCACCGGGCGAUUACUCAAAGCAUUCCAAAUUGACUUCAACUGGUACCAUUUAGCUAGUUGGAUCAAUAUUACCGAGCAAUGGCCUUUCAGGACAUCUUGGCUCAUUCUUUAUUACGAUAUGUACGAGGAGAGCCUAGACGACAAUAUGUCACUAAAAAGUCUUUACGAUAAAAUAUUUGCGCAAAUUCCGGUUUUGAAGGAAGUGCAGCCGCUCCUCGAGAUGGACAGAGAUGAGCGCAAGUUGGACGUCUUUCUCACUUUUCAUCGAUCCAGUUUGCUCAUCAGCGAUAUGAAGAUAUUCUUGCCAUUUACUAUCAACUUGGAUCCCUAUAUCAAGAAGAAGAUAAAGGAGGAGCAGCAAAGCAUCGAGGAAGACGCGAAUCUCUUUAAACAACCUGGUAUUUGGCACGGUGUUCCGGCUGAGCAAUGGAUUCCGCAAAGAGGGAUGAUGACAAACCGGCAUAUGAAAAUUGUUAAACAAUCAAGUAUGCAAGGAUCCGUACCGCCGACACCAUCAUGGGCUUACCAGCCCAACUUUGAAUGGCAAGCCCCAUCGACUUGGAUGCAAAUGCCACCCAUGGAACCAACGCCGAAACCGCUUUCCGUAACAACCACAUUAUCGUCUGAAAUUCUGGAGACGAAACUCUCAUCCUUAUCAGUGAACGGGGUCUGCGAUUUGAUCGACAAGAUCGAUAGUCUUAACUCGACCCAAGCACCGACGUACAAGCAAGUCGUCAAGGAGAACAACAUCAACGGCCGAGUUUUAUUACAUUGCGAUUUGCAAGAACUAAAAAAAGUAUUUAAAAUGACUUUUGGGGAUUGGGAAUUAUUCCGUAUGGUAAUUGUGUCACUUAGAGAAAUGGAACUUUCAUCUUUCACGUAUGAGGAAGGUUCUCGAAGUGUCCGAUUUACUGUAGGAUCCGAACAAGUUUUACGCAAAGAUCACGCUUUACAAAAUAAUUCGAUGCGUAUGCCUGCUCACGUAGAGAAAGAGAAAGGAGCAUCAAGAACAGACGGACAAGUCCGCCGUGACCAAAAUAAACAAUCCAUCAUGGAAAAACAGUUCCAGGUAACAUUAGAGGAGCAAAUGAUUUGUGGAGCACUGCAGACCUUGAACGAAGAAGCUUGCGAGGAUGUAUUAGAUGUGCCAUCAUCGACGGUGGCACCAACGACAGACUCACUUUCUUCAGGACCCGUUGCCACCUCGAUUCCCGACACGGACUACGUACUGCUUCAAGCCAGUCCGCUGUUUCGCUGGGCGCCAAUUAACGAUGAAGCGGCCAGUUCGGACGACAGCUCACACGACUCUACCGUAUUUCUUCAACGUACGAAUUCUCAGCGCAGCAUCGCGUCCCAACACAGCACGAGAUCCGCCUGUUCACACAAGCCCCCGAAGAAGACUGGCAGCAACAUCAGCAUUGCCAGACCAUCCUCACUGUUUAUCUCUCCGCCGCCGUCGCCGAAACCCGCAUUUAGAUCCAAGUCGACUGACGAUAGAUAUAUGGGAAACAACAUACCCCUGAAGACUACGUCGUCGAUACCUACUACGAAGAGACGUUCGAUCUCGACAUUGAACGACGAGAUAAUGAUAACGGUACCCACUUCCAGCAUGGAGAAGCUGUCGAAGCUCAAGGACCGCCUGAUCGGCACCGCGCCAACGGAAUCGUCUCUGAUAACUGGUGUCGAAAGCGAUGAUGAGUCCACACCGCUCGUAUCUGAGCUGUCCACGCCGACGCACUCGCAAUCGGAUAGCGUUUUCAGACACAGCGCGGAGACCAACAGUUCGCCAUCGUCCAACAGGAGUCUACCGCGGGAUAGGGAACGUUGCGUAAAUAUAGAUUAUUCCGACACUGCGAGUCUCGUGAUACAAGAGUCCUCGAACGAUCCGCAAUCGCCACCCCGUCAGAAUACCAAUGCGAUAUGGGACAAUCCGGAAACGCCUGUCUGAUAUCUGACUUUAGGACAUACUCUAAAGCGUAAUAACUCGCGGUACACAUUCGACUGAUGUACAAAAUCUGAAGAUGAAAGGAUGACUAGUGUCUGCCAGAAAGGCCUAUAUGCGAUAUGUAUUAAUGUUUUAACAAGUAGAUAAGUGUAAUCGAGAUAAGAUACCGAUUUUUCGCGUGUAAAUAGCGAAUAGACAAUGUACGGAAGCUUUUUCUAGAGAUAAAGCGAUUAAAAACGUGUUCAUCUGCUUAGUGGAGCUGACGAGUAAAUGCCUUUUUGCGCAUAUUGUGCAAUAAUCCUUAGUUUAGCGAAACGAGUUUUAAGACUCGUAGGAUGCCGAAACGACAUUCCAUAUAUAAAUAUUAAUGCAUUUACAAGUGCAAAUAUUCAUCAAUAUUUUUCUUUUUACUACUGAAAUGUAAAAAGAAAAAACAAGAAACUCUUCCCAAUAUAGUGUGCAAAUAUCCUGUACCCAAUAAUCGAUAUACGUCAAUUCGUAAUGCCAGUGCAAAUAGAUAAAUUAAAAGGUAAUAAAUAAUGUUGAAGAGAAUAUUUUAAAGAAGAGAUAAUCCGAAUGACCAAUAAAUAUAUUACCUAUUAGAUUGUCUAUUAAACUAUAUCUAUACUUAGUACAAUUUAUAGAAGCUUUUUUUAUCUAAUAUAAUUCUAUUGAAUAAAUAUAGAAUGUCUCAAAAAUAACUUAUAUAUAUGGCGAUUUGCCUACAUCGCUUUAUAUCCACUUUCAUUUUUUUAUAUAUAAAGAAUUUAAAUAUUAUAGUAUACACAGACAUUUAAUCACAAGAUGUAUUCAUUUUAGCACUCCUCUGUUUAUUGAUGAUAUUUCUUUUCUCAUUGAGACUAAUGAUUAUUAUAAUCACAGAAGAAAAAGAGAGAGAAAGAGAAACGCAAAAAAAUUUAUUAUAAUGAUAUGUUUGUUUUAUUAAAAAGCGAAAAUUAUAAUUACAUAACAUUAAGUAUAUAGGACAUUUUAGGACGGAAUACAUCAGGGUAUCGAUAACUCAAUACAAUACUGUAAAUAUAAAAAUGUAUAUAUGGAUAUAUUAGCUUUGAAAUUAUAGUAUAUAUAUAUAUAUAUGUAUCGCUCACAUUUCUCGACAUUAAAUAAAAUUUAAUAAAAUACAUAUUCUCUCAAUCAAGUAUGAUAUGCAAUAAUGUUAAAUAUUGUAUACUAAAUACAAUGUUUAGAUUUAUAUAGUUUUUAGUUUACGUAAUGUAAAAGAGAAUCAAUUAAAAAGGACAGCUGCUUCCUUUCUCUAUAGCAUAAUAAACAUUCAAAUGCUAAUUAAGUAUACCGAUGGUCCCGCUUGUAAUUAAAUGCAUUGUUUGUAUUAAAUACUGCGUCAUAUCACUUCGAUGCGGCAAUUAUAACGUUAUUACACGCGGGGCAAUGGAAUGCUAUAAUCAUACAAGGUUGAACUGAAACAUCCUGUAUAUAUAUGUUUAUAUUUAAUAACGACAUACUGUUUUGUGAUAUAUCUAUCAUAAUUUGUAUCAAAAUUAUGGCAUGAGAGAAGAAUAUAUAAAUCAAAAAGGAACAAAUAAAAACAUAUAUCUCAGGAGAAUAUAAUAUA